GAAUGUUUGGACAGGAAAAGAGAGGCUGACAGGACAACUCUGUGUGUCUCAAGUAGGAUCUGAAGGGACAGCUCUUGGUUAGCUGCUGUUCUGCCAUUCAGAUGUCUGUGGCCUCCUCUGCUUCCUUUAACUGCUUCCUCUCAAUCCAUUCUUGUUCCCCUUUUUUUGUGGGCUGACAUUCUGACUUUGUAGUUUAGCUGGGCAGGCCAGCACAUUGCCCGGUGCCUCCACUUUAUUUAGCAAGAUGCCUGAGUUAAUUUCAGUCCAAGAGUUCAUAGCUCAGACCCAAGAAGAUCUGAGCUCUCCAACAACCUCCUCCUUUACCAGCCAUAUGGGCAAAUGCAGGAGCACUGUUUACAGCCUGGAAGAGGCCUUGGAUUCUGAUCGAAUGGUUCUUCAUAAAAUGAGGAAAGCUGUGAAAGCAGAGCACACAUGUGGACAAGAUCUUCUUAGCCAUCUGGAAGCUCAUAUUGCUGCCCAGGAGAAAUUUUCAGAAAACUACCAAAUCAACAGAGAUGAGAAGCUAGCUGAAGCUUUUAUCUCCUUUGCUUCGUUUUCACGGAAGCUGCUAGAUGCUGUCAAGAACCUGUUGCUGAGUUUAUAUCACAACAUUAACUUUUCCCUAGGCUCACUGGUUAAGGGUGAUCUCAAAGGAGACUUUAAAAAGCCUUUUGAGAAAGCCUGGAAAGACUAUGAAAGCAAACUUUCAAAGAUAGAAAAAGAAAAGCGGGAUCUGGCAAAACAGUAUGGAAUGGUGCGCACCGAGGUUGUGGGAGGAGAAAUUGCUGAGGAGAUGGAAAAAGAACGAAGAAUGUUCCAGCUGCACAUGUGUGAGUAUCUAAUUAAAGUGAAUGAAAUUAAAACCAAGAAAGGAGUUGACCUGCUGCAGAACAACAUCAAUCAUUGCAACUCCCAAUUCAAUUUUUUCCAAGCAUGUCUAAAGGCCACAGAGAUGCACAAACAAUUUAUAGAAAAUCUUACUCCUGAACUUCAAACUAUGAAGGCAAAACAGGAGGAGGAAAAGAAACAGCUGUGUUCCCUUCGUGAUCAGCUGAAAGCAGCACUUCAACUGGAGGCCAAAGAGGAUUCUGUUAACAAGUCAGCGAGGUACAGCAUGCAUCAGCUGCAGGGAAAUAAGCAAUAUGGCACAGAGAGAUCAGGAAGUCUCUUCAAGAAAAGUGAUGGCUUAAGAAAAGUCUGGCAGAAGAGAAAGUGCACAGUCAAGAAUGGGUAUCUCACCAUCUCACACAGCACGCUACAUCGCCCUCCAGUCAAGCUGAAUUUGCUCACUUGCCAAGUGAAACCGAACGUGGAUGAUAAGAAGUGCUUUGAUCUUAUUUCACAUAAUCGAACAUAUCACUUCCUAGCAGAGGAUGAGCAGGACUGUUUUAUAUGGAUCUCUGUCCUGAGCAACAGUAAAGAAGAGGCUCUGAACAUGACAUUUAGACAAGCACAUGGCAGGGAAGAGUGUAGCAUGGAGGACUUGACAGGAGCUAUCAUUGAGGAGAUAAAGCGUAUGCCAGGAAACAGCAUGUGCUGUGACUGUUCAGCGUCAGACCCAGCAUGGCUCUCCAUUAAUCUGGGGAUCUUGAUCUGCAUUGAAUGCUCUGGGAUUCAUCGAGAGCUGGGUGUGCAUCACUCUCGUAUCCAGUCACUAGCUUUAGACAAGCUGGCAACCUCAGAACUUUUGUUGGCGAAGAAUAUUGGAAACUCACGCUUUAAUGAUAUUGUGGAAGCCAAUCUUCCCAGUUCAUCUCCAAAGCCCACUACUGACAGUACCAUGACCCUUCGGAAGGAUUUCAUCAUUUCCAAGUACAUUGAUAGGAAAUACGUUGCUCAGAGGAUUGCAAGGAGUCCAGUAGCCAGGCUUAAGGAGCUGCAGGAUGCCGUUAAAGAAAAGGAUAUCUAUGUCUUGCUUCAAGCUUAUGCUGAAAAGGUGGAUUUAAGUGAGCCUCUUUUGGAAUCCAGCCAGGACUCCGGAGAAACACUUCUGCAUCUGGCAGUGCUAGUAUGUGACCGAACCUCUUUGCAUAUUGUAGAUUUCCUGGUACAGAACAGUGGGAGCCUGGUGAAACAGACAUCCAAGGGGAACACACCACUCCAUUACUGCAGCCUCCACAAUAAACCUGAAUGCAUAAAACUACUUCUACGAGCCAGAGCCAACAUUGCAAUCACUAAUGAAGCUGGACAGACCGCUCUUGAUGUUUCCAGGCAAAUGAAUCAUGCUGUGUGUGAGGCUCUGCUUUUGCAAGCUCAGAAUGAUCAAUUCAACUUGCGUGCUCAUGUAGAAUAUGAAUGGUAUUUGGGCCAAGAGGAUAUGUUUGAAAGCGAUGAUGAACUGGAUGAAAAGCUCAGUCCAGUGAAAAAGGAUCGUUUUCAUCGUCCUCAAAGUUGUUAUAAUCUGCCCGGGACAGCCUCUCAAUCAUGGAAAAAUCCAGCUAACUUCUCAAAGGGAGGCAAUCAAGUAUCCCUGGAUAAACAAUGUGAUUCAUAUGCUAUACCCCAGGCCUCUAAGUUAGCUGCAACAGCAUCUUCUACAGUUUCUGUUUGUGCAAACCCGCCGCUACCACCACGUAACAAACCCAAAGCCCCCAGUUUCCCUCCUCCACUACCCCCAUCCAGCCUGCCAGUCUUUCCUGAAAACACAACAGCUAGGAAGGUCCUUCCUCCACCUCUGCAGAUUCGACAUAAACGGACCUCCUCAGAGCCUUCUCCCUGCACGCCACUGAAUCAUACCAGUCCAACUGCAGACUCAAGAACCUUUUCACUUCCAAGACGUUGCUCUCCAGAAGGAGCUUCUCCAAGAAGUCUAAGGUACUCAAGAACCUUUUCACUUCCAAGACGUUGCUCUCCAGAAGGAGCUUCUCCAAGAAGUCUAAGUUCUGCAUCUUCUGAACUCUCCAAUACAGUAGAUUCCUGGCAGGAAGAUGCCUCUAAAGAAACAAAAAACUAUUGCAAACUGACACAACACACAGAGAAUCAUUGGUCUACAUCCCAGUCACCUGCAUCUUCAGAGGAUAUUCCGCCACCAUUGCCAAAAAGGGGCAGUUUGAAGAAAUGCUUGCGUCGGGUCAGAGCUCUUUUUGACUGCCAGGCAGACCAUGAAGAUGAGCUAACGUUCUCAGCUGGAGAGAUCAUUGUUGUCGAUGGAGAGGAGGAUUCCAAUUGGUGGUGUGGCAGAAUUGAAGGGCAGCCUCACAGGAAAGGUGUCUUCCCAGCAUCAUUUGUUUAUGUGCUACAUGAGUAGAAGAUGGACCUCAAGACCUAUAUAUAAACAUAAAAAGUGGCAAAGAAACUACAUAUAAUCUGCACAAGAUGUAUUCAUUUCUGCUUUGAGAAGGCCUUCUGUCGGGCAAAAGGACUUCUGUACUUUUCACACCUCUGGUCCUCAGUCAGCAGCCCAAAGGAUGUUAUGUUAGACCAGAAAUCAGGCUUACUGGUGUUGAAAUGUAAUUGCAGGGUACGUCCCAUUCAACUUAUUGGCAAAAUAUCUGCUGACAUGAACAGAAGAGGAGAACCUGUAAACCAAUCCUUUGCAGCUAUAGAAUCCCGAGUUCUCUGGGCAGUGAUCCAUGUGGAAAGAUCUUGAUGAGACAUAUGUAUUUGAUUCCUUUUCAUGCACAUAUAAACGGGCAUCGGAGAGGAUCAUAGAUAAGCAGGAGCAUAAAUGUGAAGGGUGUUGGGGGUGAUCCCUUCAGUUUAGAAGACUGCACCUUGUGGGUGGUGAUAGCAGUCUUGCUCCCUUUCACUGCACAGGAAAAUGAAUAGAAAGGCCCCAUAUGAGCACGUUUUCUUCAGCCUACAUCAUGAAAUGAGAAAAGUAAGAAGGUUUUGAAUUCCAGCUUCCUGCACUAAGCAUGGAGUAUCCAUGCAUUAACCACCAUAAUCCAUCCUAUUGUGUGCUAAAUGAGGAGAAGGAAUGAAACAAGGUACACGAUAAAAUGGUACCGGUUGAACCUAUGGCUCCAGAUAGCAAAAACUAGGAAGGUAAGAUGUAAAUGAGAACAUAAUAGCUCUUCUUCAUUUUCUUCCUCUCCUAUGCAUUCAUAGGAGAAACAUCCCAGCACCUUAACCCCCCACCCCCAUCUGGUCAGUCAUAUAUCAAUUUGGGGUGUGUGUUUUUUUACAUUUGCCAAGAAUUUUUUUCAGUUAAAGGGAAAAUAUUCAGGGAGACAUAGGAGCAGGUGUGUCUCUGAAGGGCCAGGGAUGGAUAUAUUUGAUCCAUAAAAGUUAUCCACCUUCUACUGCAGUUCUAGCUACAGUAUGUAUUUUCUGGUUUUCUGGAAGGAAUUUCCUAACCCAGGGACUUGGAUGGGGGAAAACAAUCUUCCUGAUAUUGGGAGCCAGAGAUACAGCACACGGUUAAAUGACUGAGGAGCAAGGGACUUACAACAUUUAUUUCAGCUUCUGUAGAUAUGUCUAGUUCUUUAUGAAUGCAGUUAUAUUAUUGUUCAUCGUAGCGAGGACAAUUUAGAAUGUUAGUAAUGGCAAAAUGUGUGAUGUUCGAGAUACCAGAACAGCACAUGCACACAGUCAGACAGUUCAAAUUCCUGACUUAGGGCUAUCAUUCUACUACAAUUUCUGAUAUAAUUGGAGAAUUAAACAGUACAUCUUCUCAAGUGCCAUAUCUUUUUGCCAGUUCCAAUGUUAUCAUUACUGAAUAUGAAUGAGAAUAAAACACAUUAUUCUAAGUGGAUCUUAGUAGUCCUUUAUGUACUGGCAU